AUGGAAAUUUCUACCGAAGAUUCCCAGGAUAACUCUUCCGAACUAUUAAAAGACUUAAGAACAUACAGGCCCAAAUACCCUUUGCCAGAAGAGUUACGAGAUAUUCGUACUGAGGAGACCUUUUGUGCAUACUGCGGUGUCAGUUAUCUUAUACUAAAUGAGAUAAAGUUUCUGGAAGAUAAGUCUGAAAAUUUGAAAAAAGAAUUAGAAUUAAUAAAGCGAAACCCAGAAUUUCAUUCUCUGGUUUCUGUUGGCGAUUUUAGUUUGCCGUCAAAUGACAUAAAACAGACGUCUGAAGAUAUCAAACGAUUAUUAAGUGAAAAAAGUGAAAUUAUUCAACAGUUAGAUGAUGCAAAAACAAAAUUGAUAUGUUACGAAGCUACUGAGAAACAAUUUGUCAAAGAAAUUGCCAGAAAACAAGCUGAAGUUUCGUAUACUCAAGAACAAUUGAUUGAACUGUUGGAUUAUUCAAAGCGGAUACGAAAUAAAUUAAACGAGAAGCUAUCCAUUGGCAAUCUACUCCGUCCAAUAUUUGAUAAAAUUAAUAAUUUAAGAGAUCAUAUUUCUACAUUGAAUCAAUUAUGUAACAAUUCAUUUACACAAUGGAAUAAUAAAUAUAACCAGAUAACUGCUAAACUUGAAUCAAUCACAUUGGAAAAAGAUUCCACAAUUAACAAAUUCAAUGAAUUAGAGUUAAAAUAUAAAGAAGAACGUAAUAAUUGGUCAGAAAAACAAGGUGCACAAUUAGCUGAUAUAUUAGUAUUAAAAACAAAAUUAAAUGAAGAAGCUAAACGAUUGAAUACUGUACAUGAUGAAAAAAGACAACUAAUUUCGAAUUUUGAACAAAGAAUAAACAUUUUAAAAGAAGAAAAUCAAUCCUUUGCACAUGAAAAUAAAAGUUUACAAGAGAAGAUAUCAAGUUUAACUGAACAAUUAACUAAUCAAUUAAAAAAAUAUGAUCUUUGUGAAAAAAAUUCCAAAGAAAAAGAACAAUGUUUACAAAUUGAGAUAAACAAUAUUUCUGACGAAUUAAUUGAUGUCAAAAAACUCAAUGAACAAUUAAGUGCAGCAUUGGAAAUUGGUAAGAAGGAAAUAUUUGAAUUAAAGACUAGCAAAGAUUCACAAAAUGAAUUAUGUCAAAAGUUACAAGUUAAACUUCAAGAAAUGGAAAAAGAACUCAAAAUUCAACGGUGUGAUCAAAAGUUGGCUUUAGAAAAAGAAUUUAAACUGUCACUUGAAAAGAAGGAACUGGAAUUACAACAAUGUAAAAUUCAAACAAAUCAAAAAAUUGAACAGCUCACAUUAGAAGUCAAACAGAAAGAGAGAGAAAAUCUCGUUUUACAAGAAGAACAUCGUCGUAUUAUGGAAACAAUGAAAGAGGAAAUUAAUCAGUUGACUAAUAACAUGAACAAUUCCAAUUCUGUUCGAAUAGAACUUGAAAAUCAAGUUCAAAAAUAUCAACAAGAAGUUAAACAACUUUAUGCUACAGUUGAAAAAGAAUGUUGGGAAAGAGAUGAAUUAAACUCAGUAUUAGCUGAAACAAGGGAACAAUUAAUGAAAUUAAGUAAUUCAUCAGAACAAUCUGAAUCUAAACAAAAACAAUUUAAUCGAUAUGAAAAUCAAACAGAUGAUAAUCUAUUACCGCCAAUAUCUUCAUCGUCCGUGAAGUCUGAACAAUUUACCAAAUGUACUCUUUCAAAAAGUUCAAAGAAUUCUAACCUUAAUAAUAAUAAUAAUAAUAAUAGUAUUCCAAGGCGUUCUUUACAAAAUUCCAGGAACAUAAAAGAUACUUCUGGAUUAGCUGCUACACGAAGACAAAUUGCUGCCAUUAUUUCUGCAACAAAGUUUCGAUGUUAA